CAUAGAUUUAUGGUGGUUUUGCAACUAAGUCAUAGCUCUUCAUCUCCACAUCCUUCCCACAACUUGCUUUUCCAAAGGCUUGAGUCCUUGCAGAAGUGUCCCAAUAAAACCUCUCAGCCAUCAUUGCAUGAUGAGUUUAAACAUCCGUUCCCAUGUUAACUCUCUUGCAUUUGAGCCAAUAACUAAAAGGCGAUCGGCAAACUACCAGCCCACCAUCUGGGGAUUCAAUUUUCUGCAAUCUUUAAAGAGUGAUUACACUGAGGAGGCCUAUAAGAGCAAGAUCAAGAAAUUGGAGGAGGAAGUAAAGCAUAGGUUUGAUGAUCGAGCCAUGGGGCAUCUUUGUCAGCUUGAACUGAUUGAUGACAUCCAAAGGCUAGGGUUAGGCUACCUCUUUGAGGAGGAGAUCAAGAAAGCCUUGGACACCAUAGCAUGCAUGAACGAUAUGGAUCAUACUAGAACUGAUCAGGAGAGUCUCCAUGCCACAGCUCUUCAAUUUAGGCUCCUUAGACAACAUGGAUAUGAAAUUAGCCAAGGUUUGUUCAAUCACUUCAAAGAUGAGGCUGGAAAUUUCAUAGCAAGUUAUUUAGAUGAUGUAAAAGGAGUACUAAGUCUCCAUGAAGCUUCUCAAUUGGCUGUAGAAGGUGAGAAUAUCUUAGAUGAGGCCAAAGGCUUGACAAGGACAGCAUUGGAGAAGAUGAAGGGUGAUAUGGAACCAAGGCUUGCAAAACAAGUGAUCCAUGCUUUGGAGUUUCCCCUCCACUGGAGAAUGCCUUGGUUAGAAGCUAGAUGGUACAUUGACAUCUAUGACAAAAAGGAGAACUCAAUUCCUACUUUAAUUGAGCUAGCAAAGUUAAAUUUCAACAUUCUCCAAAGUGUACACCAUAAAGAGCUAGUUGAGUUGUCAAGGUGGUGGGAGAAUCUGGGCUUUAGAGACCAUUUGGGAUUCAAUAUAAGAGAUAGUGUGGCCCAAGCCUUUUUUGGGACAUUGGGAAUGAACCCAGAACCUCAAUUCAGUAAUUUUAGGAUUGACCUUACAAAGAUAAUUAUGCUAAUAGCAUUGGUUGAUGAUGUUUAUGAUGUCUAUGGAUCCUUGGAAGAACUCGAGCUUUUUACUCAUGCUGUGGAGAGAUGGGAUAUUGAGGCAAUAGAUCAACUUCCAGACUAUAUGAAGAUAUCCCAGACUGAGAUAUCCCAGACUGACUUCAAGAUGCAUCGAGCCUAG